AUGGCGAGUCUUCUGCCGCUGGCGGGCCCGCUCGGGCGGCGCGCGGCGGCGCCGGCGGCGCGCGGCAGCGUGGUGUGUCGCGUCGACAAGCAGGCGCGGAAGAUGCGCGAGGCCGAGCUGAAGACGGUGCGCAAGCUGGCGAAGAUGCAACAGGAGGCAGUAAUGGCGGAGCGCGAGCGCCUCGACGCCGAGCGUGAGCGCUGGGCGGUGCGGGAGGCCGAGCUGCGCGGCGAGCUCCGCGAGCUGCAGGCCGAGCUGACAAUGCUCGCGCGCAGGCGCGUCGCGGACGAGGCCGUUGGAGCUUCUGACGUGGGCCUGAGCGCGACGCUGGAGCCGGAAAUGGUCGCGCGGCUCGAAGCCGAGCUCUCGGACCUGCAGCGCCACGCUACGGGGCACCGCUGGAGCGCUACGUGCAAGCACCCGAGCCGGCCGAAGAAGCACCGCUGCAAGGACUGCCCGAAGAUCAAGACCGAGAUCGACGCGCGCGUCGCAAGCAUCAAACGCACUCUCGCUGCCGCGACGCCCGCUGCGACGACGACCGCCGCACCCGCGCCCUUCGACGCCACGGCGCCCGCGAGCGACGUGAACAGCGAGAUCGCAGCCGCCAUGCACGGCGUCGACCCCGCCGGCCCGUCCCCUGCGCCGCCGCGCCGCGACCCCCUGUCACUCGCCGAGGACGAGCUUGACAUGCUCAACACCCUGGGCCUCGGACCGCUCUUCGGCGGGCCCCCGCGGGCGGCGCAGCCGGCGGCGUUCGGCGGCGCGGCGGAGGUGGCGGCGGAGGCCGCGGGCGGGGGCGUGGCGCUGGCGACGGAGACGGCGGAGGAGGCGAGGGCGCGCGGCCCGCCAGAGGGCCUGGGCGAGGGCAGCGAGGACCUGUACUGGAUCGCGGAGCUGCACCGGUGUCUGGUGGAGAACGGGUUCUAUCCCAGCGACGAGGAAAUCGAGUGUGUGUUCUUCGGCGAGAGCACGCGGGAGGCCGUGCUGUACUUCCAGGCGUCGAUCGGGCUCGACGAGACGGGCGUCGUGGGGGCGCAGGAGUGGGAGGCGCUGAGGAAGGAGUGA